AUGAGCCAGAGGCGAAGCUGCACGACACCUGGGCUAAAAUGCUGGACAGCGGGCUUUGCCAAGGCUUCGCUGAUGUUGGAAUCCAACUGUCCUUGCCAUCCAGUGCCGAAGCAGAGGCACGGUGUCGAGCGGUUGGCAGAAGCCGUGCCAGCUGGAAAGAGUGGGGCCGCCUUCGCUGCUUUCUACAAGAGCUUUGGGUGGGAAAACCCAGCUGAGUACUUCGCAGCGAUGGGUGAGCACCAGGUGAUGCUCGUGGAUGUUGACCACAACGACUCGGAUGAUCGACUGGCCGUCAUGCUGCUCGCGUGCCAGGUCGCUAGUGCCAAUGCGGAGAGGCGGAUCUCCACGCCUAGCGCCGCGUGCAAAGUCUACUUGGAUUGCAGGACGUACGAGCAGUCCGGCCUGACGCUCUGGCGAACGGUGCAGCUGGCAGCCAGGAUUGGAGCCGUGACAGUUCAGCAUGGAGUCGAAGUCGUGCCGGUGGUCAGCGAACCUUCAGCUGCUCUCGACUUGAUUGCGACGUACCUGAAGGUCGCAAACCUCUUCGAAUCACUGAAUACUGCAGCUGCCGGCGCUGGUGAUGCACUCCGCUCGGCGGCACAGGAUCUCCGCGGCUUGGAAGUCUCAGCAGGUCGCCCUGUGACUGUUUGGAUCCUGAGUGGCUUGUGUCGAGCCCAAGUAGACGACUUCGACUUUGCCCAGAAGAAGCUCGGGGUGGUGUUCACCUUUGUGGAGCAGGCGCAACCUGCGUGGCAAAGUGUGAAGCUGCCGAGCGAAGAAAAGUCGGAGAUCCAGCCGCCCUAUGAGUUUCCACCCCCGACGGGUGACGAGUCGGGCUUCGGCGUGGAGCCCUCGAACAUCCGAUCCAGCGAGGCCUCCUACAGGGAUACCCUCUUGAACUAUGUGCGCUUUCAGCGGACGAUUUCCGGAAACGGCGUUCCAAUGCAGUACGUAUGUCCAGCCCUGGCGCGCAACGACGGCUUCAUGCCCGUGCAGCCGGGUGCCACCAUGCAUAAAGUCUCUGGAAGGCCCUUCAAUGUCAUACCUGGGAAAAGCUACGUGAUCAAGAAGGCCCGCGAUCCCAAUCGGGCGCAACAUGCCUUCGUGAACCUGCUCUCGGCUUGCAAGGCUCACGCCGCCGGCUCGCUCCACGAUGAGCUGUGCAUCGAUAGUACCGACGACUUCGGCGCAGACAGGCCGGAGCUUGCUGCUGUGGUCAAGUACGGCACCUUCAUGGCCGAUGCGAUCCUUGUAUGCCUGGCGGCACGGCCCAAGCGGCUGAUGAAGAGCCAGGAAGCACUGAGGCGUUUGGCCGUGAUGCUGGUGCCGAAGCCUGGCCAAGAGGAUGACAUGGUGCUCACCUUUACCGUCUGA